AUGAGCGACUUCAACUAUGGCGGAACGGAUGAGGAGUCCACAGAGAUCAAGAAGCUUAACAAUGCAGUUCUUGAGGAUACCGAUAACUUCAAAAAUUGGGAAGAGCUUAUAAAAGCGGCCGAAGGCCUCGAAGGUGGCCUGAAUCGUAAUUCGAGUCCGCAAGCCAUUUCUACCACUCGUGACGCAUACGAUCGUUUUCUGGCAAAGUUCCCCUUAUUGUUCGGGUAUUGGAAGAAAUAUGCGGACCUCGAGUUUUCAAUUGCUGGCACAGAGGCUGCAGAAAUGGUCUUCGAGCGUGGUGUGGCCAGCAUCGCUACCUCUGUCGAUCUAUGGACCGAUUACUGUUCCUUCAAGGUCGAGACCUGUCAUGAAUCAGAAGUGAUCAGAGAUCUUUUCGAGCGAGGAGCUUCGUCUGUUGGCCUAGACUUUCUAGCGCAUCCAUUUUGGGACAAAUACUUGGAAUUUGAAGACCGCCUCGAGGCUCAGGAUAACAUUUUUGCUAUUUUGAGCCGAGUCAUCAAAAUACCUAUGCAUCAAUACGCUCGUUAUUAUGAUAGGUUUCGCCAACUCGCUCACUCGCGUCCCCUGCUCGAACUUGUUACCGAGAAGCAGCUAGCGCAAUAUCGUGCUGAGGUCGAGGUCGACAUAUUUCAGAGCGGACCUAAAGGGGAUCAGGAGAUUGAGCGUGACAUUCGUGCAAAGAUUGAUAAUUUCUACCUCGAGUCUUUCCAUAGAACGGCUGCGGAGACGACAAAACGCUGGACGUACGAAGCGGAAAUCAAGCGACCGUAUUUCCACGUCAAUGAACUUGAUGUCCCUCAAUUAGCAAACUGGCGCAAGUAUUUGGAUUUCGAGGAAGAAGAGGGCGAUUACACUAGAACAGUAUUUCUCUACGAGAGAUGUCUAGUUACCUGCGCUUUUUACGAUGAGUUCUGGUUCAGGUACGCACGCUGGAUGUCUGCCCAAGAUGGAAAGCAGGAGGAAGUCCGCAACAUUUAUCAGCGUGCUAGUACACUUUACGUCCCAAUCAGCAGACCAGGAAUCCGGUUACAGUAUGCAUACUUUGAAGAAAUGUCAGAUCGUGUUGACAUUGCGCGGGACAUACAUGCCGCUAUUUUGGAUCGUAUGCCUGGUCAUGUCGAGACCAUCAUUUCUUGGUCAAACCUCGAGCGACGCCAAGUUGGGCUCGAAGCGGCCAUUGAGAUUUACAAGCAAAACAUUGAUUCCCCGAUUGUUGAUCUUUUCUCGAAAGCCGCUUUCGUUGUAGAGUGGGCUACCUUGAUCUGGAAAAUUGAAGGAUCAGUCAAUGAGGCUCGACAAGUGUUCCAGAAGAAUCAGCAAUGGUAUCUUCAGAGCAGGCAUUUCUGGGCUAAAUAUUUCGAAUUUGAACUCAGUCAGCCAACUAGUCUUGCUACGGAGAGCGAGCACUACUCCAGAAUGAAGAAGAUCUUUGAAGACAUGAUCCAACAGAGUCGCAUGAGUUUGAUCACGAAGAAAGAUCUGAGUAACUACUACCUUUCUUACUUGCAACAGCGCGGUACCAAGGAGGCUAUGAAGGAAUUUUUGCAAGUUGACAAGGACCUGAAUGGGCCUUCUUCUAUUCAACCUUCUAGCUUUAAAGCGGAUGUCAAAGGAUUAGAGAAUGGACGUUCUGCUGGCGAGGUCGAUGACGCUACUCUUCGCAGAGGUGAAGCUCAUUACUCUACCUAUUAUCAGGAACAUGGUGACCUACCAGUAAAUGCUGCUGGUCUCGCAGCAUUUCAUUGA